AUGGAAGAUUAUGAAGAUGUGCCAUGGCCCUAUAUCGUUGUGCCUGAUUUGAUAACUCUGAUGCUUGGACACAUACUAAAGUUUAUAUUGAUUUGUACCUAUGACGCAGUAGAUUGCACAAAAGCUUUACUUGAAGGAGACCUUUUCGUUGUAGAUCUUAAUGUUCCCAUUGAAUUUGGAUUAUGUCCAUUGCAUAUUGCUGCUGAAGCUUUCUCAUAUGACAUGAUUGACUUAUUACUCCGCCAUGGGGCUCAGACUGAUGUCAGAACCAUAGAAGGUGAAUUCAGGGGUGACUUGCUGCCUCUGAAUAUAGCACUCGAAAUGUUAAGCUGUUAUCAUCGAUACCUGUCUGACUGGACUCCAAAGCAGUCUAUUUUCAAGUUGAUUGUUAUUCUUUCCCUGCCACAAAUGAAAGUACCAUUAGAAACCAAUAGGUUGCUUGCAUGGAAUACAAAGGAUGUCAGCAAUAUAUUUUACCAUUACGCUAUGGAGGGAAAACUUAUUCCAGUGGCUACUCUGCUGAUGGUGGCUCGAGAAAAGAUUAUGGCUCCAAGCACGAUGCAGAGCAAAGAUUUUUGUGGUUUAGGAGGCGGCAUGAUGAUCCGCCAAUGCAUCCUUGAAGAGAUGGCAUCACUAACCAAUGAGGAGGUCAAAUUAACGUGCAUUGGUAGCUAUUCUAAUCAGAGGCUUAAGAAUAAGAAGGCAUUGAUGACAAUUGCCCUGCUGUUGCUUGAAGUUUUUGAUAAGGCUGGUGAUGCUAUUGAAACAUAUAGGCGGUCCGUUCGAUAUUAUCUGCUUUGGAAUAAGCUGGAGUACUCUAAUUCACAUUUAUUUGCUUGUGACAUUCUGAUAGUGAAUAGUGAAAGUGAAGAUAUCAAGCUGGCAACAGAAGUGUUAGAAAAGAGAACAUCAUUUAGGUCUCAAUUACAGGAUCUCUGCAUGCCACUCCACUCUGUGCCGCGCAGUUUUUGCCAAUAA